AGUUCCAACCCGUCGGUGGGUGUGUAUACCGGCAAGAUGGCAGGCGGCAGCGUGUCGGUCGGUUCACGGCCGCCGAAAACACCGAAUUCGGCGUCCCUGGUGAACGCGUCGGGACUGCAGAGUUUGGUGGUCUUUCUGGUACUGCUGCUGGCCUGGAUCGGUGGCUUUGCGUCGCGCCUCUUCGCCGUCAUCCGCUUCGAGAGCAUCAUUCACGAGUUCGAUCCAUGGUUCAAUUACCGAGCCACUGCGUACAUGGUCCAGCAUGGCUUCUACAAUUUCCUCAACUGGUUCGACGAGCGAGCGUGGUACCCUUUGGGCCGAAUCGUUGGGGGCACCGUUUACCCCGGGCUGAUGUUAACCUCGGGCGCCAUCCACUACGUCCUGCACUCACUGAACAUUCCUGUCCACAUCAGGGACAUCUGCGUCUUCCUGGCGCCUGUUUUCUCCGGACUGACCGCCAUCUCGACCUACUUCCUGACCAAGGAACUUUGGUCACCGGGCGCUGGCCUCUUUGCGGCCGCCUUCAUCGCCAUUGUCCCUGGAUACAUCAGCAGAUCGGUGGCUGGAAGUUAUGACAAUGAGGGCAUUGCCAUCUUCGCCCUGCAGAUCACCUACUACUUCUGGGUCAAGGCUGUGAAAACCGGAUCCGUGUUUUGGGCUUCCAUGGCCGCACUCGCCUAUUUCUACAUGGUGAGUGCAUGGGGUGGCUACGUGUUCAUCAUCAACCUGGUGCCGCUGCAUGUGUUUGCCCUGCUGCUGAUGGGCCGCUACUCGGCGCGCCUCUACACGGCCUACUCGACCUUCUACAUCCUGGGCCUGCUGCUCAGCAUGCAGAUUCCCUUCGUUGGUUUCCAGCCUGUCCGCACCUCCGAGCACAUGGCCAGCACGGGCGUCUUCCUCCUGCUGAACGCCAUCGGCGCCCUCAAGUAUGUCCAGGCCCUCAUCUCCAAGUCGGACCUCAAGGCGCUUUUCCUCACUGCGGCCGCAGCGGCCGCCGGAGCUGUUUUCCUUGCGGUCAUCGGCCUCACCUACAUGGGCGUCAUUGCCCCCUGGAGUGGACGGUUCUACUCUCUGUGGGACACUGGCUACGCCAAAAUACACAUUCCAAUCAUUGCGUCAGUGUCCGAGCACCAGCCGACAACGUGGUUCUCCUUUUUCUUUGACCUGCACAUCCUGGUGGGCACUUUCCCAGUUGGCCUGUGGUACUGCAUCAAGUCGAUCAAUGACGAGCGCGUCUUUGUUGUCCUUUACGCCCUGUCCGCCGUCUACUUUGCUGGCGUCAUGGUGCGCCUGAUGCUCACCCUGACACCUGUUGUCUGCAUCUUGGCCGGCGUUGCCUUUUCGCGCCUCUUUGAACUCUACCUCAAGGACGAAGACCCUAAAGUGCCCAUUGAUGAGGCCGACUCGGAGGGCGACGAUGCUGCUGAAACUAUGACUGGACGAAAACUCUACGACAAGGCUGGAAAAAUGCGUCGGAUGAGACACGAACAGCCGACCGAGCCGACAAGUCUUGGCGCCAACAUCCGCAUGGUGAGCAUUGUGGCCACUGUCAUGAUGCUGAUGAUGUUUGCCGUGCACUGCACCUGGGUCACCUCAAAUGCCUACAGCAGCCCCUCCAUCGUGCUCGCCUCAUACGGAAAUGACGGGUCCAGACAAAUCCUGGACGAUUUUAGAGAAGCCUACUACUGGUUGAGUCAAAAUACUGCCGACGAUGCUCGAGUGAUGAGUUGGUGGGACUACGGCUACCAGAUAGCAGGGAUGGCCAACAGGACCACUCUAGUUGACAACAAUACUUGGAACAACAGUCACAUUGCCCUCGUUGGUAAAGCCAUGUCGUCAAACGAAAGCGCUGCCUACGAGGUGAUGAAAGCCCUGGACGUGGACUAUGUGUUGGUGAUUUUCGGCGGCGUCAUCGGCUACAGUGGUGAUGACAUCAACAAGUUCCUGUGGAUGGUGCGCAUUGCCGAGGGUGAGCACCCCAAGGACAUCAGGGAGAGCGACUUCUUCACCGAGCGCGGCGAGUUCCGAGUGGACGAGGAGGGCACCCCGACGCUCCUCAACUGUCUCAUGUACAAACUCAGCUACUACAAGUUCGGCGACCUCAAGCUUGACUACCGAAGCCCCGCAGGUCUCGACCGCACCAGGCAGGCCGUCAUCGGAAACAAAAACUUCGAACUGACUUACUUGGAGGAGGCUUACACCACGGAACACUGGCUUGUCAGAAUUUACAGGGUGAAGAAGGAAAAUGAGUUCAACCGGCCGAGGAUUCCCGUGGCCAACCGUGUGAUCAAAGGAAGUCGCCUAUUCGUAUCAAAAAAGACUAGUAAGAGGAAGAAAGGGUCCUUGAAAAACCGGCCAGUUGUUGUUAAAGGCAAGAAGAGGACGUAGUGGAAGAGCGUUUGUUUGUUUGAUUGUCUGUCUGUCUGACUAUUGACUUGUGUGAUGCAAAAGGGAAUAAUUGUGGUGAUUGAACUGCCGUUUGUUGCUUUUUUAAACAAUAAAAUCCCAGCUGUUUGAAAAAAUACGAAAA